CGGGGGGCCGGCCAGGAGACGGCGCCGGGGGCGGUGCGCCCUGCUGCCCGCCGCGGGCCCCGGGGCGCCGGGGCGCUGAGCAACAGUUGGCCCCGCUGCCGCCCAGCAUGAAAGUGUGCCGGCGGAAGGCGCUGGCGCUGUGCCUGGGCUACGCGCUCCUGCUGCUCCUCGCUGCCCUCAACCUGCUGGAAUACAAGUGGCGGCGGGAGCCGCGGCGCUGCGGGGAGCCCCCGGCCGCCCCUCGCCACCGUCCCCCGCCGCCACCUCCGCCGCCGCCGGCCGGGAGUGGCGGUCCGGCGGCUGCCCGGCGUCAGCUGGUCUAUGUCUUCACUACCUGGCGCUCGGGAUCGUCCUUCUUCGGGGAGCUCUUCAACCAGAACCCCGAGGUUUUCUUCCUCUACGAACCGGUGUGGCACGUCUGGCAGAAGCUGUACCCUGGGGACGCCGUCUCUCUGCAAGGGGCAGCCCGCGACAUGCUGAGCUCCCUGUACCGCUGCGACCUCUCCGUCUUCCAGCUCUACAGCACGGCUGGCGCCGGCAAGAACCUCACUACGCUAGGCAUCUUCGGGGCGGCCACCAACAAGGUCAUCUGCUCCUCGCCCCUCUGCCCGGCCUACCGCAAGGAGGUGGUGGGCAUGGUGGAUGACCGGGUGUGCAAGAAGUGUCCCCCGCAGCGCCUCAGCCGCUUCCAGGAGGAAUGCCACAAGUAUCGCACGCUGGUCAUCAAAGGUGUCCGUGUCUUUGACUUGGCUGUCCUCGCCCCGCUCAUGCGGGACCCGACCCUGGACCUCAAAGUCAUCCAUCUAGUGCGGGACCCCCGGGCUGUCGCCAGCUCUCGCAUCAAGUCCCGUCACGGCCUCAUCCGGGAGAGCCUGCAGGUGGUGAGGAGCCGGGACCCCCACAUCCACCGCAUGCCCUUCCUUGAUGCUGGCCACAAGCUGGGCGGGAAGAAGGAGGGGGGUGGUGGCUCGGACUACCAUGCCCUGGGUGCCAUGGAGGUCAUCUGCAGUAGCAUGGCCAAGACCCUGCAGACUGCUCUGCACCCCCCUGACUGGCUCCAGGGGAACUAUAUGGUUGUGCGCUAUGAGGACCUAGUGGUGGAGCCCAUCAAGACCCUGCGGCAGGUGUACAGCUUUGUCAACCUGGCAGUCAGCCCAGAGAUGGAAAAGUUUGCCCUCAACAUGACCAGUGGCCCCGGCUACUCCUCCAAGCCCUUCGUUGUGUCGGCCAGGAACGCCACACAGGCGCUGAGCGCCUGGAGAACUGCACUCAGCUACCAGCAGAUCAAGCAAGUUGAGGAGUACUGCCACCAGCCCAUGGUCCUGCUGGGCUAUGAGAGGGUUGGCAGUCCUGAAGAGGUGAAGGACCUCAGCAGAACACUGCUCAGGAAGCCACGGUUGUGACGGGGCAGCGGGUGCCUGCCAACUGCCCUCGCUGGUGGCUGCGCCCUGCUGGGGAGAGGAGCUGCUCCAGCUGGCUUGAGUGAGGGAGGGAGCCGGGAAAAGCAGCCUGGCUUCUGAUUUCCUCCAAAGACUGCCGAAGGGUAACAUACAGUAAUGUGAUGAUUUAUUUCUCUUAUUUUAUCCCUCCCCUUGCAUUGGGUUAGAUGCUAUUAAAGUAAAUAAAUAAAGUGGAUCAGAAAAUAUGUGUAAAGCUCCUUUCCCCUUCUCUAAAAUGUCAGGUGGUGAUUCUGUACCAAAAUCUUGUUUAUGGAGUUGUUGUGGGCUGAAGAUGGUUAAUGGAAACUUGCACAAUUCCUAACACAUCUUUAUCUCCCUUAGUGUGAAGGGGUUGCCCUUGGAAAGCAUAAUGCUGAAAAUCAGACUUUUUGUAUGAAAGAAAAUAUGAUGUGAUAGUAAUCAAGAAACCAAUAAAUGAUAUUCAUUUUUAUAAUUACCUCAAUUUUUUGGGAAUUACGGUGUUGCUUAUGUACAGCUGGAGGGGAUGCUUGCUUAAAAUAGCAACAUGGACUUUCAAAUAGGUAUGGGUGGGGGGCUGGAGUGCAACAUUUGACGAGUUCAAAGAUUAGGAGCUGCUUUUGCAGAAACAAGUACAGAUCUCACAAAUGUAGUGCAGGUUUUAUGGCUAUGUAAAAGCAGGUUUCUAUUUAACUAUUGUCUUUUCUGUUGUAUUUAUAAAGUCUUUCAAGUGCCACUGUAUUAGUGUUCUGAGAGUUCUCAAACGUUUUCCAUCACAGCAGUAUUUAUUUUUGUCUUGACAUGUAUGUCCAGGAGUCACUGUCGAAUAGAAGUGGUUCUCCAGCGUGACAAGAAGUGCAGGAUUUAAAAAUACAUCAUACUGGAAACAUUAGCAUGUGUGGAAACAAAAAAUUAUAUAUUUAUAUAUAUUAAUAUAGUGCUAACAAUACAUAAGAUAUAUAAGAUAUUUCUUGACAUUGGUUGAUAACAGGCAUAGCAGGGAAGCAUAAAAAAUGCAUAAAAUGAUUUAUUUUUCCCCUUUGUCAAGUGUCCAAAGUUAUAUUUAUGUACAAAGAGGAAGAAAACAUUCAGCUGUCUGUUCAUAGCUAUGAUGGAGCUUUUAUGGAGUCAAGCUAGCGUUUGAGUUCAGAGUGCUGGUUAGAUGCUUGUUUCUUGUGAAUUGUCAUUGCUCUGUGGUGGAGCCAGAUGGUGGUCUGGCUCUUUCUGGGAGCUUUGCCUAGAGACUGCCCCAUCGUUAAAACUUGAUUAAAAAAACCCAACCCAGAACAGAUUUUACUACUUCUGCUUUUAUAAUUUCCUGAAAAACUCUUGUUUUGUUAAAGGUUAAGUGGUGUGUUGCAUAUGAGAAGUACAGACACCUCAAGUAGUUUUUAAUCUUUGUGGUAUUCUCUGAUGCUCUUUGAAGGCUCAUUUUGGAACCUGAGUUUUUAAAUGAAAGUGGUUUUUGCCAAAUGGUUCUCUUAGGAGACUGUAGAUUUUUCUACAAGAAGUACAUUUUACAUUGCCUAUUUGGGUGUUGUGCCUUCAGAAAUUGUGAAGAGUAUGAGUCGGAAAAAGGAAAGUGGUUUGUGAAAAUAAACUGAUUUUAACAGUUUAUCAAACUGUUUAUUAACUGUUGUUAAACAGUUUAUUAAACUGCUGAUAAGUG